AUGCAUGCUCUCUUCCUGUCCAUGCGGGUCGCAUGUAUGAUGUCGCGCGCGUUGCCUCCAGGAGCCCUCAACACUUGGGGCAACAUAGUUGGUGUCGUUUCUUCAUGGAUCGCAAUGGGCUUAGCCUACACCAAGCAGCUAUCUAGCAUCCGCCAUCACGUCGACAUCGCCGUGCUGACAGCUCUGGCCUUUUGUGCUGCGCAGGCUACAGAACUGGUGGUGAACGGAUCUUUAUUGGUACAUCCUGCCCUGAUCGGUUCCAUGACGUCGGACGAUCUGGAGGUGCUUGCUUUCUUGCAGGGGGUGCUGGCGGUCAUACGAUACGGGAGGAAGGACCAUUUGUCGCAGCCAGUGGACCCGCAGGAGUGCAACGUGAACGCGCUUGCGUUUGGCAUCCUGGUGGUCGGCUUCUACGUCGUCGAGGAUGUGGCCACCGCCUACCUAGCGAUCGCUCACCACGAGCCACACUUCGCGUCGGUGGCCCACCUUCUGCACUUCGUAAUCCUCGCCGACUUCGGUUUCUACGUCAUCGCCUCCGCGUUUUGCCCAGAGAACAAAGGGCGCAUCACCGUGCUCGGCAAUUUUGGAGGAUCUCUGCUCUCCGAGACUGUCUGA